UUCUCCACCAUAUCAGAUGCUGCUGCUUUUCCUUUUCCAGUGCUUGGUGUCGUGUGUUUGGACGCCUGUUUCAGGCGAGCAACAAUGGCAAGGAAUCAAGUUUUGCUUCCACCAAAACCAGUAAAAAACGGAAAGCAGAAAAUACCCUGAGCCCCACGAAUUUUGUUCGCCUCAAUAAUUGCAACCACCUACCUUAAUUCCUCCUCCCCCACCUUUACAUCCUUCCUUUCCUGUAACUGUUCAGCAUCACUGUUGAAUUCAGAUAUUUACUUUAUUGUUGCAGCGGAUGUUAAAAUCGAUUUAGGCGUGCUGAAGUUUUGAGUUCGGGCGUCGUUUUCUCUGCAAUCUGCAUUGGAGAACUUCACCCACACACUGUUGAUUCAAUCUCUUCUUGUUUGCAGAGUUAGCUCAGUCAGGACUAUGGAUGGGUCAAUCCAAGAAAGUAGUAGCAUGGACUCAUUUCUGCGGAACUACAAGCUUGGGAAGACUCUUGGGAUUGGUUCAUUUGGUAAAGUUAAAAUCGCUGAACAUGCAUUGACGGGGCACAAAGUUGCUGUGAAGAUCCUUAACCGCAGGAAAAUAAAGAAUAUGGAUAUGGAAGAAAAAGUGAGGAGAGAAAUCAAAAUCUUGAGAUUGUUUAUGCAUCCCCAUAUCAUACGUCUUUAUGAGGUUGUGGAGACACCGGCCGACAUACAUGUUGUAAUGGAAUAUGUAAAGGCUGGUGAGUUAUUUGAUUACAUAGUGGAGAAAGGUAGGUUGCAUGAGGAUGAAGCACGUACUUUUUUCCAACAGAUAAUAUCUGGAGUUGAGUACUGCCAUAGAAACAUGGUGGUUCAUAGGGAUCUGAAGCCAGAGAACUUGCUUUUGGAUUCAAAAAAAAAUGUGAAAAUUGCUGAUUUUGGUUUGAGCAAUAUCAUGCGCGAUGGUCAUUUUCUGAAAACAAGUUGUGGGAGCCCCAACUAUGCUGCUCCUGAGGUUAUUUCUGGUAAAUUAUACGCGGGCCCUGAAGUGGAUGUAUGGAGCUGCGGCGUUAUCCUCUAUGCACUUCUUUGCGGUACCCUUCCAUUCGAUGACGAGAACAUACCCAACCUGUUCAAAAAGAUUAAGGGUGGAAUUUAUAUGCUGCCUAGUCAUUUAUCUGCCAGCGCAAGAGAUCUGAUUCCCAGAAUGCUCGUAGUUGAUCCUAUGAAACGAAUGACCAUUCCUGAGAUCCGCGCACAUCCCUGGUUCCAAGCUCAUCUUCCACGAUAUCUAGCCGUACCACCCCCAGACACGUCACAGCAAGCUAAAAAGAUUGAUGAAGAUAUUCUUCAAGAAGUGGUUAAGAUGGGAUUUGAAAGGGCUGCUCUAGUUGAUUCCCUUCGAAACCGGGCUCAGAACGAGGGUACUGUCACGUACUAUCUGCUUCUGGACAAUCGGUUCCGGAUCGCCAAUGGAUACCUUGGAUCUGAAUUUCAAGAGACCAUGGAAUAUGCAUACAAUCGCUCGAGUCCUAGUGAAACCGUUACAUCUCCUGGCGGGCUACGCCUUUCAGGGAUUAGCGAUUAUCAACAAUUUGGGGGGAGGCAGUUGCCAUCAGACAGGAAAUGGGCACUUGGACUUCAGUCUCGAGCCCAUCCUCGUGAGAUACUGACAGAAGUUCUCAAUGCUCUCCAAGAGCUGAAUGUUCAGUGGAAAAAGAUUGGUCCUUACAACAUGAAAUGUCGAUGGAAUCCCGGCAACCCUGGUCACCAUGAGGGGAUGCUUAACAAUGUUAUGGAUGAUACCAAUGGAUUCGGAAAUGAAUCUCCUAUAGUUGUGAACGGCUGCAGCGUUAAUCCACACAAUGCGGUCAAGUUCGAAUUGCAGCUUUACAAAACCCGUGAAGACAAGUACUUGCUGGAUCUGCAGAGAGUUCAGGGGCCUCAGCUGCUCUUCCUCGACCUUUGCUCCGCCUUCCUUGCUCAGCUUCGAGUUCUCUGAAAUCUGAUCGAUCCUACUUCGUAAGUUAGAAGCUGAUGCUGUACAUAGUUUUGCAAGAGCUGAAUUUCUAGAGGCCAAGCCAUUAGUUUUAAUAGCUCAUUUGGAGCUGGCGGCUUAUGCGACGACGAAAAUCCACACUUAUGGUUUUUACAGCUUUGAAUUCGUCUCAUGAUGUGUAAGAUUUUUUAAGUGUGGAUUACUACUGAAUCAUAGACAUUAUGAAGCAGAUGCAGUCUGCUGGAUGCAAUAAAUAUGUAGUUCUUCAUUAAUCAAUGAUAUCUUUGUAUAGUCGACGAACAUUGUGGCUGUCCUUAAGACCUAAGAAAGAUGACACAAUUGUAUAGUUUCAAUCAGGAUUAGAAUCUAAACUGUCAAGACUAAGGAACAUUAGAGAUGCGAUGCGAUUAAUUGACGAAACAUAGCGGCGGAAGAUCAAUGGAGCUCCAGAGGGAUGUUUCUUCAUUCUCAUCUUCUCCAUUGUUGCCCUUUUCCUGCUCUUCAUUCUCACUCAUCAUUGCAGCUUCUUCUUGGUUCAAUUGACAGGCAUUUCUGAGCCUUGACAGGUGGUCAGACGCGUCGCUCUGCGCCAUCUUCCCAAGCUUCAGCUUCAGGCAUUCGUUGAUCCCAUUGAAGGCGUAUAAUGAAGCAGAAAACUUCCUCUCGUAGUUCAUCCUCUUCAUCGCCUCUGUCAUCAUCAACGGCUCGUCUUCCUGCACCAUUGGCUUCGAGAUCUCCUCAGCAAUGUCGAACGGCGAGUACUCAAUGGGCGACGACCCGAGUUCGUCCAGGAAAUGGAAGUCCACAGCUUCUAAUGUGAUGGUAUUUUCCUCCUCAAUAUGAUCAUUUUCCACUUCCUGUUCUUCGGUCGAAACCUGGAUUAAAUCAGUUGGAUUUUGUCCCCAGGCCUGGAAAUCACUAUCCAUCCCUGACAUGGAUGAGUCCCAACUUGGGCUGUACUCAUUAGUCUCAAUCAGGCUGUUGUUUUCCAGGUAACAAUCCUCAUCAGGAUCCCUCAAGAAAUCAGUGAAUUGUGAUUCUGAUAAAUCAGGGACCUCAUCCGCCACCUGUUUCUGAUCAACAGGCGCCGCCGCCAUGGAAGAUGCAGAGGAAGAUGAUGAAGAAUCCCACCUGGAAUUCGAACUAGCGACGAUCAAAGCAUUAUUCCUUGCCUUAAUCCUGUCGAGAAGAAGAUUCGUGAUCUUGGACGGUAGGGCAGGUGUGGAGGGCGAGUUCGACAAACAGGGCCAGAAAUUAGUUCUUGUAUUUGCCCCACGGAGCAAACAGGCUGCCUCGUCGUAUGCCCUGGCAGCUUCCUCGGCUGUGUCGAAUGUCCCGAGCCACACUCUAAUCUUCUGUAUAGUGUCCUUUAUCUCCGCCACCCAUCGCCCUGACGGGCGUUGCCGAACCCCUACAAAUCUCUUCCUCGCCGGCCUGACUCCGCCAAGGGCGACGGCAGCGGCCGCCUCCUUCAUCAUCUCAUCCCAGGCAGCUGGAUUUUUUUCAUCAGGGCUGAGCUUUUCUUGAUCAUUCUUGAUUACCUCAGUAGCUUUUCUUUUUCUAGCCAUUCUUGAUUCUGAGUGGAGAAGUGUUUGAUGGUUAAGUUAGUUCGUGAGUGAGGGAAUUAAUGAUUAAUGACUUUAUAUAUGCAUAAUGAGAAGAUCAUUUCAAUGAAGAAUUAGUCCUCUUUGUUUGUUCAGACUCUUUUGUUGCUUGCGAAAAUUUUCUGUGUAUUUUAAAGACAAGUGGAAACAUUUUCAUUGUUGUGAUGGUAAUAAAAUAAUGUGGGGAUUUGACCUGGCCAAAGCAUGCCUCUAUGAGGGCACUGAUUGGAUUGAAUUCAAUCAAUCUUAACUAAAAUAAAUGCACUGAUUGAUGGAGAUGCUCACUGUUCAUUUCUGUCUUGUUUCCUUCAUCAAUCUUAAAAUAUCGAAACUGAAAUCAGGGUCUUGUUUCCCUGAGUAUAAUCACAAUGAUUACAUACAUUUUUAUUUAAAUCCAAGAAAGCAUCGAAACCAUCAAAUAAUGGAAAGGGACUUGUUGCAGUGCCCAAAUAUAUGCUUCAGUGGGGCAAGAAUUACUUUUGCUGCUUGAAAUUGAUAUAAAAAAUUAUGUGUAAAUAUAUUAUAUCAUCAUUAUUAGUAGGGAAAACGGUGUGUUAAGACAAUUUUGUCAUUACUGAUUAAGGUCAGGAGGAUCGAUUUUAACAAGCAGAUGUAGGAUGAUGUUGACAAGCAGGCGAAUUACAGGGUGGCAAAUGUCUGCAUUUCAUUGCUGCAAAUUUUCUACUAUAAUUUAUAGAUCUGAUGUCAGCCAAAAGUUAAGAGUGGAUGUUGACAUUUCCAGUCUCCCACGCAGUAGAGUUAUAUAUUUAUAGAUUUUCAUGUAUGUUGCCAUUUGUGAUAAAAUCAUGUAAUAGUUUAUUGCUCAUCUGCAAUAGGCAUCUUUGGAGAAUAAACUUAUAAUAGUUUGGGAUACAGACAGAGGUAGAGACACUGGAGAUUUUGUGGGGAGGUUUGGAUAAACAACAGAAAAGACACUAGAGUUCCAUUGUUGCCAAAGCAGUGUUUUUUUUUUCGUUGCCUUUUCAUUUUUCUUUAAUUUCCUUGUAAUUACAACCAAAUCCCAUUUAAUAUAUAUACUUAUACACACACACACAUAUAUAUAUAUAUAUAUAUAGAGAGAGAGAGAGAGAGAGAGAGAGAGGGAGGAAGAUGUCAACAGUGUCUUCUUAUCAUUCCAGGUGGAGGUUUAACAGAGAAGCUGUGAUCAUCAUCUUCCCUCUAGAAACCUUGACAUAAGCAAAUACAAAUUAAUGUAUUUAACACCUUAACAUAUCAAAAAUUUUGACUCAAGAAAACCUGCCAUUUCAUUUCAGAAACUGACUUCUUUGUGAGAAUUCAACCACCAACAGAUUUGUGGGAUUCUAAGGAAACCUCAAACAGUUUCAGGAAACAGGGGCCAAGAAGAAAAGUUUAAACAGAGAUGAGAAAAGGUCAUAAUUUCAUAGAACUGCAGAUAAAACAAACAAGAUACUCAGCACCUGAUUCACAUAAUGAUGAAGAAAAACUAAAAACUUUUUUUUAUUCAUACAACUAUUGCCAGCAGUAUGGGCUAUGUGACACUCAAACAUCACUUCAUACAAACAUUCAGACUUAAUCAGACAUUUACACACAUAAAUCACAAAACCAAAAAAAAAAAAAAAAAUAAAAUAAAA